UUCUGUCCCGGCCGUUCUGCCUUGCCAAAUAGGGCCUCCUGUGCAUACGGACCACCAGGGUGUGUGUGAGCACAGGUGUCGGCGGGGUGCAAUGCCAGGUGCAGGGCCAGGCGCAAUAAGGCUAAACCUAUCCCUAUUACUCUCGACGGCGCCGAGUCCGAUAUUGCUGCCCAACGAACGCGCAGCAACCGCAAUCGAGGGCGCAAACACACUCUGUUCUGCGGCGGUUGCACCGUUGUGGUCCGCAAGCUUGCCGUCUGGAGAAUCGCAUGCAGACAGCCAUGUCAGAUAUGCCCCCCGUCACAUCGCAUCACUCAUUCCUGCGCCCGGGGAACAUUCGAAAAUGUCGUCCUGGAUAAAUUCAAAAGCGCGCGCCCCGGCCCAUCUGUCCAAUUGCUCCGCCGGAUUCGCCCUCCAGAUGCCGAAUUUCGGAUCGAGGUAACAGGUACGUAACGCUUGACUGCAGUUUUCAUGAGUACGCGACCAGCUUGUCAGACCACUCCACUAUCACCGAGCGACCUGCGAACCUCUGCGAAGCAUGUGCCAGUGGGACCGUUCCACCAUUGAUGCAUCGACAUCACAGGGCCAGAAACACAGCCUCAACGCCAUCAUGCACGUCGCCUUGCCUCGGCAGGGUUUCCCUUCUGCUGGUUCC